AUGCGGUUCUCUACUCCCGGUCUCCUUUUGGCUGCGGCCUCAACCGCUGUUGCCGACCUUUCCAAGGAAAUUAAAUGGGAUUCCUCGUCCGACGAAGCAAUCACUCGCAGACCGGACAGUUUCUGGGACCACAUUGUUAAGGGCGCUGAUGUUCAGGCUGCCAGCGAGAGACCCGGUGCUCACAAAAGACUAGAAGGCCAGUUAGCCAACUACCAGUUGAGAGUUCGACAGACCGAUCCUGCCAAGCUUGGCGUCGACAAAGUCAAGCAGCUGAGUGGCUAUCUUGAUGAUGACGAAAAGGACAAGCACCUGUUUUACUGGUUCUUCGAGUCCAGAAAUAACCCAGCCACGGACCCUGUUGUUCUUUGGCUCAACGGUGGUCCAGGAUGCUCCUCCUUCUUCGGCCUGUUUGACGAGCUCGGUCCUGCUACCAUUCCCAGACCAGACCUGAAGCCAGUCAACAACCCGUACUCAUGGAACUCCAACGCCUCCGUCAUUUUCAUCGACCAGCCCGUUAAUGUAGGGUACUCAUAUGGAAACGGAACAGUCGGAAGCUCCCCAGCUGCCGCCAAAGACAUCUAUGCCAUGCUCACCUUGUUUUUCCACCAAUUCCCGCAAUACGCCAAGCAAGACUUCUUCGUCACUGGUGAAUCCUACGCCGGACACUACAUUCCAUCCAUCGGCAGUGAGAUUCUCUCUCACAAGGACCGCAACAUCAACCUCAAGGGUCUGGCUAUUGGCAACGGUCUCACUGAUCCCUACAUUCAGUACUUAUACUAUCGUCCCACGGCAUGCGGCCAGGGCGGCUACCCAGCCGUACUAUCCGCCAGAGAUUGCCAGACCAUGAAGAACGCCGAACCCGAAUGCCAGCGCCAAAUUAAGCGAUGCUAUGACGGCGGCAACGCCAGCGUCUGCUCCCAAGCCACCAGAUACUGCAACACCAACGUCCUGGGCGUCUACCAGCGUGGAACCGACAAGAGUGUCUACGACAUCACAUCUCCCAACGGCACAGGCAAGCCCACCUACUCAGUUCAGUUCCUCAAGUCCUCCAACACCAAGCAGGCCCUCGGCGUGGAGGCCAACCGCGCGUAUGAGCAGUGCAACUUUGACGUCUAUGGCAAGUUUGUCAACAACGGUGACUGGAUGAGCCCUGCUCAGAAAGUCAUCCCCGGAAUUCUCAAGGAGAUUCCUGUCCUUAUUUACGCUGGUGACAUUGACUAUAUCUGCAACUGGCUUGGCAACGAGGCCUGGACCCUUGCUCUCGACUGGCCUGGAAAGAGUGCGCUCAACGCCGCCAAGCGACAGGACCUGCGUUCCAAAUCGGGUAAGAAUUAUGGAAAUGUUAGAGCUGCGCAGGGUUUGUCGUUGAUGCAGAUCUACAAGGCUGGUCAUACUGUUCCGGAGUAUGAAGGUGAGGGCUCGCUUGAUUUCUUGAACAGAUUCAUGGGCGGAGAGUGGUCGAAAUAG